AUGACAGAAUCACUGGUUCCCCCAGAACAAAUACGGCUCCCGCCGAGCCCGAGUCCCAGCCCGUCUCGCUCUUCAUCCAGAGACAACAAUCCGAUGGCCAGCGACAAAGCGACAAGCGACGCUUUCCUCUCUCUCCCCAUCCGCCCGCCUUCCAACUCCUUCCUGGUGCCGCCGCGGAAUCGCUCGCCGUUGUCUCGAACUCACGCUCGAUCGCGCUCACUUGCCAGCACUUUGCCACAUGGGAUGACCAGAGCCCAUUCCUCGCCAGGAUUAGACUCACGUGGUCGCUACGAGCAGCCUCCGAACAUACCAAGACCCGAGAGCCCCAUGGAGCGUGCGAUGCGAAGGCACAGUCCGCUACGAGGUCUAGACGACAUCCGCCCACUGGGAUCGGGCUCGCUGAACAUUUCAGAGACCAUCUCCGAACAUGCAGAGCUAGAACUAUCGCAAAAUCCAUGGCCCGCUUCCCCGGAGAUUCCGACCUCUCCCCCAUUGCCGCCGCCCAUGCACAAUACCUUCUCCCGUGGUGCUAGACGGCCGUACACCGCCCCGCUCCAUACCAGUUUUGUGAGCGUCACUAGCAACCCAGCCAGCAGUAGCCCAUCAUCAUCACACUCCUCGCCCGUGAUGCUGCCUACUAAAUUUAAUGAACCGUUCCCCGCCAUUCCUGCCUCGUCGGGUUCGUCGAUGCCCUCGACGCCAACGAGUUUACGCUCGCGGAGUCCCAGUAUUUCCUCCCUCGAAACAAUACCCGAUAUUCCGGAUGAAGAGGCCGAAGCCGUGGAAGCAGAAGAAAUAGCACGGUUGAAGGCGGCAGCCGACAAUGCUGAUGCCGACAGUAUGCGUCGACGUUCGAACCUCGAAAACCCUCCUUCGGGCACCACACGUGGCUACGGACCAAGGGCCGACAAACGGAAGCGGUGGAGUGUCUGUGGAGCCGAGCGUCGUCAAGAUCUAGACCUAGAGACUAUCUGGGAAGAUUGA